AUGGCUUUCGACCUUCAAAAUAUAGUCAGGCCUAAGAUUUACAACUUAGAACCUUACCGAUGUGCAAGAGACGAUUUCCAAGAGGGUAUCCUUCUGGAUGCAAAUGAAAAUGCACACGGUCCAGUCCCACAGGCACUAUUAAAUACUUCUUUGCAUCGCUAUCCAGAUCCACAUCAAAUCCAAUUGAAAAAUGCUAUAGCUGAAUAUCGUAAUAAAACAAACAGCUGCGACAAUAUCAAGGAAGAACUAACGGCUGAGAACCUUUGUUUUGGUGUUGGGUCAGAUGAGAGCAUCGAUGCUCUCAUUAGAGCUUGCUGUGUUCCUGGAAAAGAUAAAAUAUUAGUUCUUCCACCCACAUAUUCAAUGUAUUCUGUCAGUUCGAGCAUUAACGAUGUCGAAGUCGUUAAAUGCCCAUUGAUAGUGGAGGAUAACUCAUUUCAAAUGAAUACGGAUGCUGUACAUGAUCUUUUGAAGAAGGACCCAUUGAUAAAAAUUGUUUUCCUUACGUCCCCUGGAAAUCCAACUGGUGCCAAGAUUGAAACCAGUAGAAUUGAACAGUUGUUACAAAGUUGGGAUAAAGGAAUGGUUGUUGUCGAUGAGGCCUACAUUGACUUCAGCGGUGGAUCUACAGCGGCGCUAGUCAAUAAAUAUCCAAAUAUAUGUGUCUUGCAAACAUUAUCCAAAUCGUUUGGAUUAGCUGGCAUAAGAUUGGGUAUUACGUUUUCGUCCAAAGAAAUGUCGCGUGUAUUAAACGCAAUGAAAGCACCAUAUAAUAUUUCUUCAAGCACAUCUGAAUUCGCUUUGAAGGCUUUUGAAGAUAGUAGUUUGAAGGCCAUGGAAGACAAUGCCAAGAAAAUCAAUACAGAGAAACUUCGCCUUUUGAAGCGAUUAACAUCUUUGAAAAACGUUGAUGAUGAACAUGUUGGUGGAUUGGAUGCCAACUUUUUGAUGAUCAGGAUCAAAGAUGGUGAUAAUGAGCUCGCACAGAAACUUUAUUACAAGUUAGCUACUGAAUCCAAGGUCGUCGUCAGGUUCAGGGGCAAUGAAUUAGGCUGCUCGGGAUGUUUACGUAUAACAGUUGGAACACCUGAAGAAAACGAUAUACUUUUCAGAGAGUUUUCAAAGAUUUUAGCCGAAUUGACAGCAGCUUAA